GCUCCCUCGCGACUCGUAAAGAAAUACAGCUCCGCUCGUGGCUUCAGCUUCAGUUUCUACGCAGGCACCCAAGCUCAAUUCUCUUCUCUCUCUCUCUCUCUCUCUCUCUCUCUCUGAGCCUUUGGUCGAUCGAGCGAUCUCUGGGCUUCGAUCCAACUCGAGGAGAAAUCUUUUUGUGAUGCGAAUCUCCUCCCCGAAAUGCUCCAUCGCCGCCGCCUGAAAUCACGGAACCCCGAGCUGGUUUGCUGUGGAGGUGGUGGAGAUCUGGGCUAGUUAGAGUUUAAGAUGAACCCUCUGUGUACGCGGAGCUCGGCCUAGGGGUUUUCGGCUUCCGGCUCCGAGUUCUUGGGGAACGAGCUCGUUUUCCUAUUUCGAGGAGCUUCUUUCGGAGAUCUGUGGGGAUAGGGUUUGAGAUCGUGGCUUGGUUGGGAAGGGGAACUUCUUCUGGUGCUUCGGGAGCUCUUGCAGCUGGUUUGAAGUGCUGGAAGAGCUCCUGAGGGGAGAUCUGGGGGGUUGUCGGGUUCCGGUUGGGGUUUCUUCUCAAACGUGGGGGCUUUCGUUCGUGCUAUGGUGGUGCGAGCUGGUCUCUUGAGGUUUUGAAAGCUUAAUCUCGGUGGAAGCUUAAGAUUUUGUGGGGUUUUGGGGGUUUUUGAUCGAAAGUUUCUUCUUUGGGGAGAGUUCAUACUUGGUUGCCUCAGCUGAGGUAGUUGGUGUACUUUAAGUCUGGUUUUUAGCCUUUUUCUUGAGGUCUUUAAUAUCUGGUAGGGAGCCUUACUGCUGUUGUUUGACACCUCGGUGGAGGUUACCAAAGCAGGAGUUUUGCUGAGAAUUUCUUCCGACGUUUGAAAACCCAGGUUGCCAAUAAGCUUAAAGCAAGGACAUCUUGCGAAAUCUGGGAUCCUGGCAUAGGUUUCAGGAACUGAUGAGACUGGAGACGAGAAUUUCUGGCAGUGGAACCGGCUUGGGUUGAAGGUGUGCGUGUGUUUGAACAAAAAAAAAAAGAAGGUGUGCGUGUGUAUCUGCAGGGGUUCGUUCACCAAGCGGAAUAUUCCUGGCCAUUUUUUUUGUUGGUCCUCUUCUUCUCAGUUGGAUGAAUUGAAGCGGCGGGUUCGGUGCUCUGGAGAGAAUCAUAAACAAAAUGCUGUAAUAGCAAUUUCAAGCAGGGAAUUGAAAAGUGAUAAUUUUUGUUGACGAAGUGCUUCACUUUGGAUAUUUCACUUGUGUGCUGAAGAAAAGGAGCAACUUCCGUCUCCAGCUUUUGGUUCCUUUUGCAUUAAUGCAAAAGAUGAGGAUCUCGUCGUCAGAUCUUGCAAAUCUGCCUCAGGAAGAAGAAAAGAGAUAUCUGAAUUCAGAGUUAUGGCAUGCAUGUGCUGGGCCACUUGUAGCAUUACCUGCUGUUGGAAGUCGUGUGGUAUAUUUCCCACAAGGCCAUAGUGAGCAGGUGGCUGCAUCAACAAACAAGGAAAUUGAUUCCCAUAUUCCCAACUAUCCAAGCUUACCUCCUCAGUUGAUCUGUCAGCUGCAUAAUGUUACCAUGCAUGCAGAUGUAGAGACAGAUGAAGUUUAUGCCCAAAUAACAUUGCAACCUUUGAGCCCGCAAGAGCAAAAAGAACCUUAUCUCCCUACUGAAUUGGGUACACCCAGCAAACAGCCAACCAAUUAUUUCUGUAAGACGCUGACUGCAAGUGACACCAGUACACAUGGUGGUUUCUCUGUUCCCCGUCGAGCAGCUGAAAAAGUCUUUCCACCAUUGGAUUUUUCGCAGCAGCCUCCUGCACAAGAGUUGAUUGCACGAGACCUUCAUGGAAAUGAGUGGAAAUUCCGUCAUAUCUUUCGUGGUCAGCCAAAGAGACAUCUUCUUACAACAGGAUGGAGUGUGUUUGUAAGUGCCAAGAGACUUGUUGCUGGCGAUUCAGUCCUUUUUAUCUGGAAUGAAAACAAUCAGUUGCUUCUGGGCAUUCGUCAUGCUAAUCGACCACAAACAGUUAUGCCUUCAUCAGUUUUGUCAAGUGAUAGCAUGCACAUAGGUCUUCUUGCUGCAGCUGCUCAUGCUGCUGCUACUAAUAGCCGUUUUACCAUAUUUUAUAACCCAAGGGCAAGUCCUUCUGAAUUUGUUAUACCAUUAGCUAAGUAUGUUAAGGCAGUGUAUCACACACGUGUUUCUGUGGGCAUGCGUUUCCGAAUGCUUUUUGAGACAGAAGAGUCAAGUGUUCGCCGAUACAUGGGCACAAUUACUGGCAUAAAUGAUCUGGACCCUGUCCGUUGGCCAAACUCGCAUUGGCGUUCUGUGAAGGUUGGCUGGGAUGAAUCAACUGCUGGAGAGAGGCAGCCUAGGGUGUCACUAUGGGAGAUCGAGCCUCUAACAACAUUCCCAAUGUAUCCAGCCCCUUUUCCACUCAGUUUUAAGCGUCCAUGGCCUACAGGAUUACCCUCUCUACAUGGUGGAAAAGAUGAUGAUACCAGUCUGAAUUCUCCACUGAUGUGGCUUCGAGAUGGUGGAAAUCCAGGGAUCCAAUCUUUGAAUUUCCAGGGAAUUGGUAGUACACCUUGGAUGCAACCAAGACUUGAUGCUUUGGGACACAGUCGACAGCCUGACAUGUACCAGUCAAUGGCUGCAGCUGCACUUCAGGAAAUGAGGACUUCGGAUCCUACAAAACAGGUAUUACCAGCUAUUCUGCCAUUCCCACAACCGCAAAACUUAACUAGCAGACCCACCCCUCUAUUACCGAGCCAGAUUCUACAGCAAGUGCAACCUCAAUCACAACGAAGUUUCCUUCACACCAUUCUAGAAAACCAGGUUCCAAGCCAGACUCAGUCUCACUUCUUUCAGCAUCAGUUGCAGCAAUGCAACUCGUUAGGUGAGCAGCACCAGCAUCAACAGAUUCAGCAGCAACAAAUUCCACAGCAACAGCAUUUGCAAAUACAACAGCAACAUCAGCAUCAACAAAUGCAACAGAACCACUUGCCUGAUCAUCAACAAAUUCCUAACAUAGUGUCAGCCCUGUCUCAGUUUACCUCUGCUUCUCAAUCCCAAUCUCCUACAUUGCAAACAUUUUCCUCGUUUUCCCAGCCACAGAACUAUCCAGAUUCCAAUGGUAACUCUGUUUCAACAACUAGCACCUCCCCCUUGCAUAAUAUUUUGCGACCGUUUUCUCCAGAGGACGCAUCACACCUUCUUAGUUUGCCAAGAACCACCCCUCUAGGCACUUCUAGUCCCUGGUCAUGUAAACGAAUUGCAGUUGAGUCAGUUCUCCCAUCUGGAGCUCAAUGUGUUGUGGCCCAUGUGGAACAGUUAGGUUCUACACAGCCUAAUCCCUCCCCACAAUCUGUAACAUUGCCACCUUUUCCAGGAAGAGAAUGUUCGGUGGAUCAAGAUGGUACCACGGAUCCCCAAAACAAUUUGUUGUUUGGGGUUAACAUAGAUUCCUCGUCACUUCUAGUGCAGAAUGGCAUGCCAAGCCUCAGAACUGGUGCCAAUGAAAGUGAUUCAGCAGCCGUGCCAUAUGCUGCUUGCAAUUUUUUGAGUCCGUCAGGAACUGACUUCCCAUUGAAUCAAGCAUUGACUAGCUCCAGUUGCUUAGAUGAAUCAGGAUUUUUGCAAUCCCCUGAGAAUGUGGAUCAAGUGAACAACCCACAGAGUGGAACCUUUGUGAAGGUUUACAAGUCAGGGUCCUUUGGAAGGUCGCUGGACAUCACCAGAUUCAGCAGCUACCAUGAGCUGCGUGGUGAGCUUGGGCGUCUGUUUGGCCUAGAAAGUCAGCUAGAAGACCCUGUGAGAUCAGGCUGGCAGCUUGUAUUCGUUGACCGGGAGAAUGAUGUUCUUCUUGUUGGCGAUGAUCCCUGGCAGGAGUUUGUGAACACUGUAUAUUGCAUAAAGAUACUUUCACCCCAAGAAGUGCAGCAGAUGGGCAAACAAGGUGUUAAUCUUCUGAACUCCGCCCCCAUCAAAAGGCCCCCAAGCAACAGUUGUGAUGGCUAUGUGAGCCGGCAGGACUCGAGAAAUUUGAGCAGUAGUAUCACAUCUGUGGGGUCUUUGGAUUAUUGAAAACCUAGGUCUGCCGAAGUCUGCAAGGCGUCAGCUCAUGACAACUCCUUUCUUGUAUUUUGCUGCACUUGCUUGUUUUAGAAGCUGGACUGAAGCACCGAGUAAGUCAGCUAUGUAUGUCUAAUAACUGUAUCAUAUGAUCUCCCCUCAUAACCUUGAUAUCCAUGCAGAGAACUUAUUUAUCUGAAGACUUGAUUCUGUGAAUGUAGGCUGUUUCAUUAAUUAGUCCUGAUCCAGGGUAUUGGGAACAGACCACUGAUUCUUGAUCUCCAGAAAUCUUAAUGAUGACAUUCCCUUUUACUUUAA